CGGUAACAUGUCCGACUUGGAAACAGAAUAAUAUCCACAGAUCACUAAAAUAUGCACUGAUGAUAAUUUAACAUCAUAUAUGCACAUCUAAUAACCCUUUUGUUUAAAUUUUAAUCCCAGAACUACUGUUUGCUUGAAAAUGCCUGUUUACAUUCGAAAAAAUGUAAAUUUUACACCACCAUCUUUGGACAAAAUUCCACUGGAAGAUGAAGAUGAUUACAUUACUGACCCUGACCAACUGAAAGACCCACUUCCACAACCUUAUCGAAUGAUUGAUAAGGUUCUGGGACAGUUAGUUGAAGAUGUAUGGGAUAUAGUUGAGUCUAGAGAGAAUGAAAGACUUGAAGAGAGUAGAAAAGUUCGACCACCUCGACAUGAAAAUACAAAAAGUUUAGAGUACCUGCGUAAAUGUGGAUGUAUGACAGAUAGUGGAGAUGGUCUUUACAUGUUUAUAGGCCAUUCUAAAGGAAUUAUUGUGAUUGAUGCUAAUACUCAAGAGAAGGUGACAUUAUGGGAAGAAGACAGAGUAGAUCUCCAGUAUAUUAGGGCACAUAUAAUUGCACCAAAUGUAUAUCUUCUUGUAUCUAUUGAUGAUAUGGGGUUUUCUAGACUACAUGCAUUCUCUGGUGAUAAACUGUAUCUGCUGAAACAUUUGAAUGAACACCAGAUGCCUUUAAGUACACGUCAGUCAAGUAGAAUGUCUCUGCAGGAAGGAACAGAUAAAAUGAUCAUCAACAAAUGUAAAGCUUCAAAGGAAGGAGAUUAUUUGGGUGUUGUUUUUGAAAAUCCUGAAUCAAGAGACAUUUGGUUGGAGAUACACAAGCUACCAAGAGAAAACUGGGUUACAGAACUAGAUAAUAUCAAAGCAAAAUUACAGAAGAAAGAAGAACCAAAGCAGGAAAUGAAAGAAGUUAAGGAAGAAGAGAGCACAGAAACAGCUGAACCUGCUGAGGGUACUGAUGGAGAGAAAAGUGAAAGCCAAUCACAGAUUCAACAAUCACAGAGUAAUGAAGACACUGCAGGGGUCAAGUUUUCACAGCCUUCAUUAGUGUUUAAACUGAAACCACCACCACAAGUUUCAGCUUUGGAAUCAAGAGGUAAUUUGGCCUCAUCAGUCUAUUCUACCUGUCAGAAGGUCGACACAGGGGAGGUAAUUGGAACAGGACAAAAUCAUGUUUUAUCAACCACUCAGAUUGAAUUAAGAAAAGAAGUAUUUGACCAUUUACAUGAAAAUCUACUUGAAUAUGCAUCAAAAGAUGAUACUGUUGAUAAUAUACAGGAUGUAAAUUUUCAUUUCCUGAAUGCUGGAAAAAUGAUACCUCUUGGACUGGAAAAUCCAGCGAAUUUAACUAUUCCUACAACUGUAGCAGUGUGGUGGAAGGACAGUACACAUGUUAUGCAUUAUUCAUUACUCAAAACACCAGGAAAAGAUGAAACCAAACCAGAUAUGGUCUGGCCUUUUACUGCAAAGAUCACAUCAUCAGCAGUAUCAGAUGAGACAUCACUUAUGAUAAUAGGUCUAGUAGAUGGAAACAUUGUAUUAUGGGAUAGAUAUUUAGGAAUACAAAGAGGAGUUAUCAAUAUUUCUGACAAUUCCUGCAUAGAAAAGUUGUUGUUUUUAGACCCCAGUAUAUGUCCACAAGAAAUGACAGAAUACCCACCGUACAGUACUAGAACUACAUCCUAUCUACUGGUUCAGUGUAGGAAUGGAGCAAUGUAUGCUGUUCUUAUGGGAGCAGGAGGGACACAGGCUGAACCAAUAUGUCUUAGUCCUCAAAUUGAAGAAAGUGGUGAAAUAUUUUCUAAAGUAGAGACAGUUCGUGGAUUACCUGAUCUGAUACUUACAGUAUUACAGAAUGGAAAUGUACAGAUCAGAGAUGUACUUCAAGGAAAAGUUUUAUGUGAAAUGAAAGUUCCCGACACCCAUGAAAUAAUGUCUCCCUGGGAUCCUGUUGUUGCAAUUGGUAACACAGGACAGACUUUAUAUUUGAGAGUGAUAGAGAGGGAACCAGCAGAAACAGAUGAAACAACAACAGAUGCCAGUACCCCACAGGGAACAGUGUUAGUGUAUCCAUUAAAUACAUUUAAUACAUUGGAGACUUUCUUUAACAGAAAAAGGGAUUCUAUUCCACUGUCUGUCCAUACAACUGUAGAUAAAAGGGUUGAUGCUCUUAUGAAGGAAAGGAUUGCAAUGCAGGCAUUAAGAAAAGAUAGAAUGCAGGAAAGAUGGAAUUGUUUUAAGGAAGAAAUCUGGACAAUUUUACAGUACAAAGAACAAGCUGCAAGGAAGGCAGAAGAAAGAGAUGUCUAUGAAUUCCAACGUGUUCGAGUGUUUGACGUAAAGUCAUAGAAAGAAAACAGUGAGUCCGGGAUCUUUAGGAUGGACGCCUCUGUUUAAAUGAACAUUGUUUAACUGUGAUGUACAUAUCAACAUUCCGUCCUGAAACUUUACAAACACUUAUUGAAUUAUUUAUAUAUACAUGUAUGUAUAUUGUUUUAAUAAAUCAUUUAUAAAAAACAA